CCUUGCUUUUCUGUUGUUCUUGAAGUAUCCUUUGAUUCGGUGAUGUGAUAGGAAUGCGAUAAAAUUUUCUUCUAGUUCAAGUUUCGUCGUAAUUUUUGGUUAUUUUACGUCUGUGUAGUGAUUUAAUAUUAUACAAAAUGCUUCGUACCGUCGCUUCAUCAUGCAGAGCACAUUUAAGCAAUACUUUAACCAAGGCGUAUCCCACCAUCGGAGUCGGUUGCUAUCGAAUGAAUUCUUCCGCAGUUCAGGAUGCCAGUGAUGCAGCGAAAGCUGAAGCAAGGAAAAAACUAGAAGAAGUAACUUCGGUAAUCGGAAAAUUAAAGAAUUUCUAUCAUGAGCCGAAUUAUAAUAGCGAAGAAUUCAUCAAGAAAUAUUGCGAUUUCUUCAAUCGCAAAGAAAUCGAUUCUUGGGAAAUACGUAGAGCGAUUCAAGAUUUCGCUGAUUUCGAUUGUGUUCCUGAUCCUGAAAUUUCGGUUACUGUUCUUAAAGCAUGCAGGAGAUUAAAUGAUUUCGCUUUAGCUGUUCGAUACAUGGAGCUCUUGAAAGACAAAUGUGGUAAUAAAGUGAAGGAAUGGUAUCCGUACAUUUUACAAGAACUUGGUCCAACUUUGCAAGAAUUAGGAAUUAGUACACCCGAAGAAUUAGGAUACGAUAAACCUGAAUUCGCUGUCGUGGAUGUAGAUGACAUUCACUAAAAAAAAAUGUGCGUUUAUUGUAUGGAGAUCCAUCUAGUUACUGUUAUUAUUUUUAAAACAUUUAUAUUACUGGUAAAAUAAAUAAUAAGAAGUA